GGGCCGGGCCGGGCCGGCGGGACCCGCGGGUGGGAGCCGGGAGGGGCGCGGGGCCGGGCGGGACCCGCAGCCCAGGGCAGCAGCCGGGGCCCGGCUCGGGGCCGCGCCCGCGGGGGAGGUGGCCGGGCUCCCGCCUGCCCCGGGGCCGCUCCGCACCUGGGUGCUGUGGGCGUACCGGGAGCGGCGUGGUCGCGAAGCGGGUGGCAGCGCGGGCUGGCCCGGAGCAUCGCUCUUCCUGGGCGCCGUACCCUGCGGAGCCUCGAGCACUACUCCAGGAGCCGCCGUGUCGUCGGGCAGCUGUUUCCUGGUGGUAUUUCUAAGCUCAUACACAGGAUGUUGAAGACACUAUCUCACAUAAAAAUCUUGAAAGGCUGCAGGGACUUUUUCGCCAGUGAUAACUAAAGUAUGACUACUAUCCAGGAAGUGAGUGGAUUUUUCCUUCCGUUUCUCUGAAAAACUUGCCAAAUUCCUGAGAAGCACAAAAUCUUUUUCUGAAGUUGUUGAAACUCAUAUGAAGAGAGAGGAGGACUUUUUUUUUAGCCCUACAAAGCUACCUGGUAUUUGAAAUGCUGAAGAGGAAAUUACGGUUUUGCCACAACUUGCGCUUUAGGCUUUUCUUAGGUCUAACUCUCAUUUUAGUAAUAAUUUCAGUUUUGAAAGUUAACCAGAAAGAAGACUUCCUAAAUCGGAGACAUCUGGAGCUAACAAAAGAAGAUCCUAUUAGCAAUGUUAACUGCACCAAGAUUAUUGAAGGGGAUAUAGAAGAAAUACAAAAAGUACAGCUUGAGGCAUUAUCAGUGUCAUUUAAGAAACGCCCCAGACCAACAACAGAUGAUUAUAUUAACAUGACUGCAGACUGUGCCUCCUUCACCAAGACUAGGAAAUACAUUAUGGAACCUCUCAGUAAUGAAGAAGCAGAAUUUCCAAUUGCUUACUCAAUAGUGGUUUAUCACAAAAUUGAGAUGCUUGAUAGACUUCUAAGAUCAAUCUAUGCUCCACAGAAUUUUUACUGCAUUCAUGUAGACAAAAAGUCUCCAGAAUCCUUUUUUGCUGCUGUGAAGGGAAUAGUCUCAUGUUUUGAUAAUGUCUUUAUUUCCAGCCAGUUAGAGAGUGUGGUAUAUGCUUCAUGGAGCAGAGUGCAGGCAGACAUUAACUGCAUGAAAGAUCUCUACAGAAGAAGUUCAAACUGGAAAUACCUAAUAAACCUAUGUGGUAUGGACUUUCCCAUAAAAACCAACCAGGAAAUAGUAGAGAAAUUAAAAGCCCUUAAAGGUGAAAACAGCUUGGAAACAGAAAAAAUGCCUGUUUAUAAAGAAGUAAGGUGGAAGAAACACCAUGAGAUUAUUGAUGGUAAAAUAAAGAACACAGGCAUAGACAAACAACUACCACCCCUCAGCACCCCAGUUUUUUCUGGCAGUGCCUAUUUUGUAGUCAGCAGAAGCUUUGUAGAAUAUGUACUAGAAAACAGCAAAAUACUUAAGUUCAUCGAGUGGGCUAAAGAUACUUACAGCCCAGAUGAGUACCUGUGGGCAACAAUUCAGAGAAUCCCUGAAGUGCCAGGAGCAUUUUCUUCCAGUGACAAGUACGACGUUUCUGACAUGAAUGCGCUGGCCAGGUUUGUCAAGUGGCAGUACUUUGAAGGUGACGUGUCCAAAGGUGCGCCCUACCCACCGUGCAGUGGAGUUCACAUCCGCUCUGUCUGUGUCUUUGGAGUGGGAGACUUGAACUGGAUGCUACGAAACCACCACUUGUUUGCUAAUAAGUUUGACACUGAUGUUGACCCUUUUGCAGUGAAGUGCUUGGAGGAGUAUUUGCGGCACAAAGCUCUGUAUCUCCAAAAGAACUGAAAUGUAUGCUCCUGUUAGGAAACAUAGGUACAAAUAUUCUACUGCAAUGUACUUUAAUGUGUUACAGCAAUGGUAGUGAAGCUGAUAAUGGGUAUAGUGACUCUCACCUUGUUGGUGUGGUGGUGCUCAUGCCCUGCCUUGUCCAUGUGAAAAGAACAGGGCAUAUGCCUUUAUUAAUAUUCAGCUCUUUAUUAAAGUGAUCAGCUCAUUAUUAAAAUCAUCAGCAGGAUUGCAAAGUCCGAUCGGAGUUUUCCACACUACUGCAGCCAUCUGAAGGAGCAGGUGCUGUCCCAGUGGAUGCUGAGUCCUUGUUCCCAUAGAAACAGCUGGCAGUUUUCUCUGGUCAACCAUCAGAAGGCAGAGCAGUGGCAGUCAGCUCUUUGCCCUCAGGGAAAAGUUUCAAGAGUUUCCCAUUCUCUCUCCAUCAGUCAGCUCAGCUGGCCGGUUCCCAUUCCAUUCAGGCUCCUCACAGGUCAUGGCCAAUCUUCAAACCAGGCCAGGAGGUGCACCCACUCCCCGCUCAGCCAGGGCACUAUCCCAUUCUCUUCUGACGAAUCCAGCUUCCUGUCCCGGGGUGCAGUAUCCCCAAAAAAACCUCCCAGGAUCCACGGGGGCGGCCCUGCCCUAUCUGCAUAUCCAAAUGCAUAUGCAUUUGUCCUGGUCAUAGCCGAAGUUACUCUUGCUAAAUGAGGUAGUUACAAAGGACAAUAGGGCUAUCUAGGUGUGGGCAGCUUCUUUUCACAUUUCAAUUAGGUAGGGAAAAGUUGCCAGGCAACUUUCCUUCAGGGCAGCUCUCCCUGCUCAGAUUGUCUGGGGUGUGGGGGGUGUUACUCUAGCCAGGAGAGGGUCAGUUGUGGGGUGGUUGUUUUGGUUUUGUUUUUUUUUUGUUUUUUGUUUUUGUUUUUUUUUUGUUUUUUUUUUUUUUUUUUCCGUUCAUAACACAUGGACAAGGGGGUGAAGAGACACGUCUCAAAUAUGCCUUGUGGCACACUGAGGCUUGGAGCUUUAGGUACAAAAUCAGACAGCAGUUUUUGGAAAGCCAACUGUUUGGAAUAUUUAUUGUCUAGAAGGUGUAAUUAAUGGACUUCCUUUGGCUAAAUUGGUUUAAGGCAUAGAAAAUGCAUGUUGUUCAUGGUUAUUCCUAAUUUUUUUCCCAUGAAUGUAAUUCUAACUGGAAGAGAAAAAUGGGUUGGGAUAAAAAGCAGCUGGACUGCACUUCAUACUGAGUACUGAAAGAUCUCAGGAAUAUAACAUUAAAAUUAUCUAAAAGCUAUGCAAAAGGGGAUAUGCAAAGCCAGCUGUUACCAUAUUACUUAGAUCUGUUUGCUGCAGUUCUGUUAUAUGUAAUUUUCAAUCCUCUUGAAAAUGUUUUCAGCAUGGAGUAUUAAGAAAUUCAAAUCUUUCUUUUGUAUUCUUAAAGCACCCUGAUAGUGUGAUAUAAAGUUUAUACACUAGUUUGUAAUUACAUCUUCUCAGGGAAACUUCAGUUUUGUGCCUGAUGAGAUUUAGACUUGUAAUUCUACAUUUCUUAGUGUAUGGGGAGUUUUGCUUUUGUAUCAAAAUCACUCAAGUUUCUCAAAACUUAAAGAACUGCAUUAGUGUCUAAAUAUUACUGAUGGAACUGCUGGUUUCUGCUUUCUGUCAAGCUCACCUUGCAUUCCAGAUUAUUUUAACACUAAGUAUGGAAAAAAUAAAGUUAUUUUUUUAAAUUG